UGGGAGUUGGAGUUUUCUGAACUGGUUCCAUUAAAUCGAAGCUAACCAGCCCGUGCUGGAUUUUGGAACUACAAACGAAAAGUGACACGGAAGUGAAGUGAUGAAAGGUCGUAGUUCAAAUGGUGUCAACACAUGUGGGUGCUCCGUAGCCAUGUGUUCGAGGUAGAAAACGUUUAAUUUUAACGGUUGUGGUUGUUUUCAAAUCAAAAAUGCCGCGAAUAGUGUCACCUUCAUCAAGCGAAGAUGAAGCGGACACUUCUGCAACAAAGUCACCUGCAAAGCGACACGUAAAAGAUAAGAGGACUACCAGGUACCAGUGUCCUGCUGACUUUGUGUCUUUCUGCCAUAAGCCCUGCAGCAGCACGCUCACCGAGAGUCUGAAGAACAACAAGAAUGAGCUGUGGCUCAUAAAAGCUCCUGCUAACUUCAAUCCAGAAAGUUUCAGUGGCAUCAAGGUGCCGCUCUCAGGUCUCCAGACCCUGAAGGUUCCUGCACCUGCAGGUGGGGCUCAGACUGGGAGCAGCCAGCAGAUCUACAGCGUCCUGUCGUCGCCGCACGGAGCCUCCGAGCUCUGCCUGCUCACCGGCGACGAGCAGGCGUCGGACAAUGUGGUUUUUGGCCCCGCCUUCUCCGGCCUGAUGAACGUGUGUGAGAGCUACGGAGACAGCAGCGCAAACCAGUCCCCUCAGGUCAUCCCCGCCACUCCUGCGCCCUCCAUCCCGCCCGGGCUCAAACAGAGGUUCCACCCCUUCGGCAGCAAGACCCCCACGCUAACCUGCGUGGCAGAGAGCGAGGCGGACGGAGCGGCCUUCGGGCCCUCGUCCACGACUCUCCGCCCUCUAGUGGUCAAACGACUGACAGAGGAAACAUGGCGCGAGGAACAUGGCGAGGAUGAAGGGAGGAGGAAGAAGAAGAAGAAAAAGAAAGAUAAGACAGAAAAGGGAAUAAAGACAGAGCGGGUCGAGGAGUACUUAAAGGUGAAGGAGGAGCCGAUGGCGGAAACUGAGGUGAUGAUGGAUGUCCCUGUGGAGGACGGUGAAGUGGUGGGUGAGAAAAGGAAGAAGAAGAAGAAGAAGAAGGACAGGGAGCGAGAGGAAGUGGAGGAGGGCGUGGAGCCCAGUGUGACGGUGAAGCUGGAAGCAGUGAAGAGUGAACCGAUAGACACUUUGUACGGAGAUGUAGCGGAGGAGUCGGGAAAGAAGAAGAAAAAGAAGAAGAAAAGCAGAACGGAUGAUGACUAGUCUGUCGUCACUUUAGUGUUCAGUUUAGUUUUAGUUUUGACCUUCUCAACCCAGACUCUUCUAAUAAAGUCCAGACUAAUUAACGGAUUGCACAAUGUGAGCUCACUUUGGCAGGACAUUGCAUUCACAAAAACAAACGCAUUCAAAAUCAAAUUAAAAGUUGAUGAUGAGAAAUCAUCCCAGUGUGCUAAAGGCUAACGUUGCAGCCGCAGGCUCCAAUGAGCACAUGGUGUUGUCUACAGUUUCUGCACAGUAUCUAUGAAGUGAGUGCUGAUUAUACUCAAACGUUGUGUAGCUGUAUUUGUGUACAUGUUUAAACUUCAGGCUGCUUCAUGUCAACAUGUUCAGACAACCAUAAAGAGAGAAGAAUGA